AAAAAGUGAAACGGCGGGAGCAAAUCCAGUUUGCAGAUGACAUGCAGGAGUUCUCCAAGUUCCCCACCAAGACGGGCCGUCGGUCCCUGUCCCGCUCCAUCUCCCAGUCUUCCACCGACAGCUACAGCUCCGCUGCCUCCUACACCGACAGCUCCGAUGACGAGGUGUCCCCCCGGGAGAAACAACAAACCAACUCCAAAGGCAGCAGCAAUUUCUGUGUGAAGAACAUCAAGCAGGCAGAGUUUGGGCGCCGGGAGAUCGAGAUCGCUGAGCAAGACAUGUCUGCUCUCAUCUCGCUCAGGAAACGGGCUCAAGGGGAGAAGCCGUUGGCUGGAGCUAAAAUCGUGGGCUGUACCCACAUCACAGCCCAGACUGCGGUGCUGAUUGAGACCCUCUGUGCCCUGGGAGCUCAGUGCCGCUGGUCUGCCUGUAACAUCUACUCCACCCAGAACGAAGUGGCAGCUGCCUUGGCAGAAGCUGGUGUUGCCGUGUUUGCCUGGAAGGGGGAGUCAGAAGAUGACUUCUGGUGGUGCAUUGACCGCUGCGUUAACGUAGAUGGCUGGCAGGCCAACAUGAUCCUGGACGACGGUGGGGACCUGACCCAUUGGGUUUAUAAGAAAUACCCCAACGUGUUCAAGAAGAUCCGAGGGAUCGUAGAGGAGAGCGUGACCGGCGUGCACAGGCUCUACCAGCUCUCCAAGGCUGGGAAGUUGUGUGUCCCAGCCAUGAACGUCAACGACUCCGUCACCAAACAGAAAUUUGACAACCUGUACUGCUGCCGGGAGUCCAUCCUGGACGGCCUGAAGAGGACCACGGAUGUGAUGUUCGGAGGGAAGCAAGUGGUGGUUUGUGGUUAUGGGGAGGUCGGCAAGGGAUGCUGUGCAGCUCUGAAAGCCCUGGGAGCCAUCGUCUACGUCACGGAGAUCGACCCCAUCUGCGCUCUCCAAGCCUGCAUGGACGGAUUUCGGGUGGUGAAGCUGAGUGAAGUAAUCCGUCAGGUGGAUGUCGUCAUCACCUGCACAGGAAACAAGAACGUCGUGACCAGAGAACACCUGGAUCGGAUGAAAAACAGCUGCAUCGUCUGCAACAUGGGCCAUUCCAACACCGAGAUCGACGUGAGCAGCCUGCGGACCCCGGAGCUGACCUGGGAGAGGGUCCGUUCCCAAGUGGACCAUGUCAUCUGGCCAGAUGGGAAGCGGGUGGUGCUGCUGGCGGAGGGCCGACUUCUCAACCUGAGCUGCUCCACAGUUCCCACCUUCGUGCUCUCCAUCACGGCCACCACUCAGGCUCUGGCUCUGAUUGAGCUUUACAACGCUCCCGAGGGCCGUUACAAACAGGACGUGUACCUGCUGCCGAAGAAGAUGGACGAGUACGUGGCCAGCCUGCAUCUGCCUUCCUUUGAUGCCCACCUGACAGAACUGACGGACGAUCAGGCCAAAUACCUGGGACUCAACAAAAACGGGCCUUUCAAACCCAAUUACUACAGAUACUGAUGGACCAUACCCAUGAAGGACCAGACCACACAAGGCAACAUUAGAGAGAUUAUUUUUAAAGAUCGUUUUUAUUUUUGGUUUACCUUUUUCUUUCUUUUGUUCUUUUCUUUUUUUUAACCAACAAAACAACCCGUUUUUACAUUUUCCAGUGUGAUUUUAAGGUCACCUUUUGGGUUUCCCCCCCCUCCCUCAACUUGGGUUUCACAUCUCUGUCUGAUCUUGGCAGACAACCUGGGAUUCGCUUCUCGCUUUUACGUGGCUGAAGCCGCCACCGGUGGCUCCUGGAGAGGGGUAUUUUGGUUUUCCCCCUUUCCUGAUGUGCCAAGGGCACUUCAUUCCUGCAGCGAUAUUUUUUAUUUCUAUUUUAUUUUCUUUUUCCCACCUUUCCAGCCCGCGUUAGUCUCGGCCGGGAUCCCUGCAGAUACGGAGAUGCUGUUCUACCUUAUUUUUAAUUUUUUGUUGGGUUUUUUUUUUCUUUUUUUUCUUUCUUUGUGUGGAUUAUCUGCAACUUCUAAAUUAUGCCUUAAAAGAGCCCAGUUUUUAGCUGCUAGAUCAACGCUCCUGGCGCUGCUUGGGAGCAGAGUGGCGCCUGCUGGCCACCUCAUGAAUAGGUGACUGUCCCCAAGCCCGGUACGCGUCCCCUACACCCAGGUGGCCCGGGUUUGGUGGCCACUGGCCCUAGGUUUGGUGGCCAGCUGGGUACGGAGGGGAGUUCACUGUUUCAGGGUGCUAAUCUGAAUUCGGACGGGGGUCGCUUACCCAGCAUUAUCCUCAUCUCUCCUAGGUUUUUUAGCCAAACUGCACCUUAAUUGAGUUAAAACCAUUUUUUUUUUUGUCUGUUUGUUUGGUUUUGUUUUUUUUUU